AUGACGUUAGGGAGUCAAGCGGAAAUGAUCAAUGGAAACGAAGUCGAUGAUUCACAACUUUCUUCCUCUUCUUCUCAACAGUUGGUGGCCUUACGAUGCCAAUUUCACGCGGAACUGAAAGUGGGAGAAACGUUAGUGAUCGUCGGAUCGACGCCGUUACUCGGGAAAUGGAAAGCCGAGGAUGGGUUUAAACUCUCCUGGACGGAAGGGAACGUGUGGCGAGGGAAUUUACCCAUCGAGCGAAAAGAGUUUGAGUUCAAAUUGGUCGUGGAGAAGCGAUCGGGAGAGACGUUCUGGGAAAAAGGCACGAACAGGAAAGUGGAGGAGACGUUUAUGCAAGAAGUUGGAACGAACGCGGUGGAAGUGAAGAGUACUUUCGGGAAGAACGAGGACAUGGAGGUGAACGUCGCGGACGGGAACGCUUCGACGAUGGUGCAAUCGAACGUGGUGGAAUUCGCUCGCGAAGAAGCAGAAGGAAAGAAAGAAGAAGAAAAGAUAGUAGCAACGACGACGACAAAACCGACGACGACGAAAAAGAAAGCCGCGACGAAGACUAAAAAAGCUCCGUCCACUGGGGCGUAUAGAACCGUAGAGAAAGUGAAGUACGACAACGUCGCUUUGUUAAAAUUCGACGAAUUGAUGGAAAAGAACUCGACGAUUACCGCCGGUGAUUUUAAAGCCAUUUAUCCGGAAGACGCGAAGAUGAAAGCCGUGGAGAAGAGAACGGUCGAGUUCUUGUUGAAAGGCGGCGGUGGUAAGUUUUCGUACGCGUUGAACGAAGAGGCGAAAGGGUACGGUCAGUUGCUCUUGUAA